CUGAUUGGUCGGUAGCUUGCGGUGUCCUAGGGCAGAGUGUGGAGCAGGAGCACUGCUGGAGCGCGGCACUUACAAGACUGCGUCACAUGAUGUCCAGCCAGGUGGAGGGAGCUGCGGCAGCGGAGGAGUACCCCGGCACACUGCACGAGCCUUCCAUGAUUGAGAUGGAAGGGACUAGCAUAAAAGGGAUCAACAAUGAUUCAGACCUUUCACUGAUUAGCCCACUUCCUGAGUCUAUUGUGAAUGGUGAAAAAUUGGCCACACCUGUGUGUCUGCAUGAAGAUGGGCAGGGCGCAAUUAUAGAAUCUCCUAUGGUUUCGAGCUUUAUGCCAAAAGAAUCCCGGGAGGAGACCCCUGGAAGGGAGGAGACCAGGCUGGACCCACCUGAUGGACAACAGGACCUGGGAACUGAGAGGACCUCAGAUAAAACCUUAGGUAAAGAAGUUUUGCUUUUGAUGCAAGCUCUGAAUACAUUGCGUACCCCUGAAGAAAAACUAGCAGCGCUUUGCAAGAAAUAUGCUGAUCUUUUGGAAGAGAGCAGGAGCUUCCAAAAGCAGAUGAAGGUUUUGCAGAAGAAGCAAGCUCAAGUGGUGAAAGAAAAAGUUCACUUACAGGGUGAGCACAGCAAAGCUAUCCUGGCACGAAGCAAGUUGGAGUCACUUUGUCGUGAACUGCAGAGACACAAUAAAACAUUAAAGGAAGAGAAUCUCCAUCAAGCACGGGAAUAUGAAGAAGAACGGAAAGAAGCCACUGCCCAUUUUCAGAUGACCCUGAAUGAAAUACAGGCACAGAUGGAGCAUCAUGACGUGUAUAAUGCAAAACUUCGCCAGGAAAACAUAGAGCUGGGAGAUAAGUUAAAGAAGCUCAUUGAGCAGUAUGCUUUGCGUGAAGAGCACAUCGAGAAAGUCUUCAAGCAUAAGGAACUUCAGCAGCAACUGAUUGAUGCCAAACUGCAGCAGACCACACAGCUUAUGAAAGAAGCUGAGGAAAGGCAUCAGCGGGAAAGGGAAUUCUUGUUGAAUGAGGCAACAGAAACAAGACAAAAAUUUGAAGAGCUAAAACUUCAAGAGAGCCAGUUAAAGCAGCAGCUUUCUCUGUAUAUGGAAAAGUUUGAGGAAUUCCAAACAACAAUGGCAAAAAGUAAUGAACUUUUUACAACGUUUAGGCAAGAAAUGGAGAAGAUGACUAAGAAAAUAAAGAAACUUGAAAAGGAAACUGUGGUCUGGCGCACAAAGUGGGAAGCCAAUAACAAGUCUCUACUACAGAUGGCUGAGGAGAAAACUGUACGAGACAAAGAAUACAAAGCUAUGCAGCUUAAAUUGGAGCGGCUAGAGAAGCUUUGCAGGGCCCUUCAAACCGAGCGGAAUGAGUUAAACAAAAAGGUUGAAAUUCUCCGGGAUCAAGUUUCUAUUCGAGAUGACCAGGAUCCAGGAGAAGGAGACUCGAUAGGGACAAGUACAGUGGAAUCUUCUAAAGAGCUGUGUCAGAUCACAGACAGAGAAGAAUCUGGAAUUCAGCCCAUAAUUGUAUCUCAGUCAUCAGAGGAAAUAGUACAAAAGGAAAAGACUUGCAUAAUUGGCUCUUGUGACAUAGAUUCGGUUGACUAAAACAAGGUCCAGAUA